AUGUACAACGCUCAUCGCGGGAUGGUUCCCGCUCCCAACUCCCGUUUGUCGGAGUUGCUGGACCAGCUACGCCAGGAGUUUGAGAACCAGUCCAGGAGCACGGGGGAAUUCGAGCAUCAAUUAACCGGCCAGCUACAGGAGAUGGAAAUGAUUCGCCAGAAGGUCUUUGCUUUGGAAGCAGCGCAGGUUAAGAUGAAGCAAGACUACGAGGCGGAGAUUCGAAUGCUGCGACAUGAGCUGGAAUCACGCGGUGUCCAGACCGUUUCAACCCAUAUCGCCGGCCCGGCACAGCAUGCUGGGCCUUCUCAGGCGCCACCCCCGGCAUUGGGUCAUGGUCCCAGUAAUCUUUUUGGUGGAAUCAUGGCCAAUCAAGGAGGUAGUGCUCCCGAUCCUGCCCAAUCUCUAGAUCAGAAGCCUCCCCAGCAACAUACUGUUCAGCAGCCAGCUUCCGUGGCUCAACCAGGAGCACUGCCAGAGCCGCAGAUCUCUGGGAAACACCAGCCAGGUGCUGCUGUGAAUGGUUAUCCUCCUCCACCCCCUACAGCUUCUCCUGGCCCCAAGAGGCCGCGUGCUCCCCCCGGUCCAGCUACCCCGCAGCAGACUCACCAGAUGGCUUAUCCUGACCCUCGCGCGUCACCUCAGAUUGCUCGCCCCACCCCUCCUGGUCAGGCAUUGAUUAGAGAGCGACCAGGCAACAUGUUGGCAAACUGGAACCCUGAUGAUCUCCCAGCUUCGCAAAAGCGUGAGGGUGCUGACUGGUAUGCGAUUUUCAACCCCGAGGUGCAGCGCGUGUUGGAUGUGGAAUUGGUGCAUCACCUUGUGCACGACAGUGUCGUCUGCUGUGUUCGCUUCAGCCGUGACGGCAAGUACUUGGCUACUGGCUGCAACCGAUCUGCGCAAAUCUUCGAUGUGACCACCGGGCAGAAUGUUGCUAUUCUGCAGGAUGAGAGCGUCGACAAGGAUGGAGAUCUUUACAUCCGCAGCGUCUGUUUCAGUCCUGACGGCAAAUAUCUGGCUACCGGAGCUGAGGACAAGCAAAUUCGGGUUUGGGACAUCGCGGCCCGGACGAUCAAGCAUGUUUUCGGUGGACACGAGCAAGACAUCUACUCUCUCGACUUCGCUGGCAACGGACGAUACAUCGCAUCUGGCAGUGGUGAUAAGACGGUGCGUCUUUGGGAUAUCCUUGAUGGCAAGUUGGUGUACACCCUCAGCAUUGAGGAUGGUGUGACCACUGUUGCCAUGUCUCCAGAUGGCCAUUAUGUGGCUGCGGGAUCGUUGGACAAAAGUGUUCGUGUCUGGGAUACCACGACCGGCUACCUGGUCGAGCGCCUGGAGACCCCUGAUGGCCAUCGGGACAGUGUGUACUCGGUUGCUUUUGCGCCGAACGGCCGCGACCUUGUUAGCGGUAGUCUUGACAAGACUAUCAAAUUGUGGGAGCUCAAUGUUCCCCGAGGAUACAACAGCGGCAGUGUCAAGCCCGGCAAGUGCGUGAGAACUUUCGAGGGCCACAAGGACUUUGUGCUUAGCGUUUGCCUUACGCCUGAUGGACACUGGGUAAUGAGUGGUUCGAAGGACCGUGGUGUUCAAUUCUGGGACCCGGUUACUGGUAAUGCCCAGAUGAUGCUUCAGGGCCACAAGAACUCUGUUAUUUCGGUUGCGCCCAGUCCGACUGGCAACUUGUUCGCUACUGGAAGUGGUGACAUGCGGGCACGGAUCUGGAGGUGA